AUAAUGGAAGAUGUACAAUAGUUUGCUUUGGAUUAUUUAUGAUCAACGGCCGCCGGAAUAGUGCUCCAAAGUAAAUAUGGGAUCGAACGAUGUCAUACAGGCAUGCACUCGUAACCUGAGUCAAAAGCUCACUCAGCUGACCAUGUCACAAUCGCAAUGUACUAUCUAUAGAGUACAUAAACAUUUACGAAAUGUCAAUAUGAAGGCUUAUGAGCCCGAAGUUGUCUCAAUUGGUCCUUAUCACCGUGACAAAGAUAACCUAACGAUGAUGGAAGAUAAGAAAUUGUGUUAUUUGCAUUUACUGCUUCAACGCAAAAAUGAAAGUAUUGAAAACUACGUCGCAGCUAUCGAACCAUUCGAAUUUGAAGCACGCAAGUGUUAUGCAGAGCCUAUUAGCCUUAAUGCAGUUGAGUUCAUUGAAAUGCUUGUUUUAGAUGGUUGCUUCAUCAUUGAUUUGGUGAGGAAAUGUAAUAUGAUAUACUUGAGAGAAAAGAAUGAUUCUAUCUUUCUUAUGGAUUGGAUCAUCAAUAGCUUGCAACGUGAUCUUAUGUUGUUCGAAAAUCAAGUCCCGUUUUUUAUUCUAUGCAAGUUGUUUGACUUGAUUGAGGUCCCAAAUCAACAUAGUAGGUUGAUAUACCUUUUGUUGAAUUUUUUCAAUAGUCUCUUCCCUGGAAAAGUAUAUCGAGACAGUAAAGAUAGAAGUUCAGCUGAAGUAAUUAAACAUUUACUUGACUUGAUACAUAGUAACUGGCAUCCUUCUUUUGAUUGGUUGGAUUUUGAAAAAAACAAAAAGAGCGAAAAGAAGAGAUGGAGGUUUGUCAAUAAUGCAACCGAGCUCAGAGAAACUAAUGUAAAGUUUAAACGAAUCGAAGGAAUUUCAUUGUUCGAUAUAAGAUUCCAAGAUGGAAAUAUGCUUUUGGCUCCAUUGACUAUUGAAGACAGGACGGAGUCUUUAUUUCGGAAUCUCAUGGCAUAUGAACAAUAUUUUGGAGACAGUCAAAUUAGUUAUGUAACAGAUUAUGUGAAAUUCUUGGAUUGCCUUAUUGAUUCAUCGAGAGAUGUUUCUAUACUUUCGUGGCACGGGAUUAUUGAUAAUUGGUUAGGUGAUGAUGAAGUUGUUGCGAAUAUGUUCAAUAAACUCACUGAUUCGAUUGCUGGUCCUGGAAUUCGUUUUGUUUAUGCGGAUGUUUUCGAAGAUGUGAAUAAGCAUUGCAAUAGACGUAGAAACAAAUGGAUGGCCAAGUUAAGAAGAAACUAUAUGAAUAGUCCUUGGGCAGUUAUUUCUAUUCUCUUUGCUGUGGUACUGCUUCUACUCACGGUAGCACAAACUGUAUGUUCUAUUUUACAGGUAGUGUGAGCUAUUUUAUAUACAGUCUAACGAAUGUUUGUAUGUCAUAUGAGUUACGUAAUAAUGCAUACGCUAAUGUUGUCAUUACGUCGUGAAAACGAAUAGAAAUAGAUACUCUUUUACGGGCACGAAGAACGAUGAUGUACUAGUUUAAUUAUUUUUUUGCCUAUAACCUUAUUGUAUAUGUAACAUGGAUUUCUUUCAAGACAGGAGUACGUACUAAGAUAUUCGUGAUG